GAAGGCGCUGGCAGUCACAAUUCAAACAAAAAAUUUAUAUAUCGAAUAUAUAAACAUUCCGGCCGACCGGAGCGGCAACCCAAAGGACAGCGUACAGAGCACAGAGAUUACCUGCCAGCCUAGAUGUCCAAGCAGGCAGAAAAGUUGGCUAUGGCCGCCGCGACGGCAACGCAUAUAAAUAUAGGACAGACGAAGGACUCGAGCCACAACAUGGACUCCUCGGAUUCGGUAAAUACACACAUGUGCGACAUCGAUCAGCAGCAUAACAGCUCCUUUCGCCUGCAGUGCUCGCUGUCGUCCGUGGACAGCGAGAGCGAUCUGUCUAUGGCCUUCGAGCGAGAUCUGGGAGUUGAGGAGCCGAGCAAUUGCGACGAAUUGCCGGCCUUUGAGAUACGCGCCUUUUCGCCCCAUGGACGCACGCCAUCGCCCAUCGAUGAUCUGAACAUCUCGGACAUAGAGACUCCGAAGCAGCAUCAGCCGGAGGAGCCACCCUGCCAAAACCAUCCCGACUUUGUGGCCCUGCAUGAAAUCAACGCGCAAAUCAGUCCCCCCAGCGACGCCGACGACUCCAUCACGGCGCUAAGUCGCAACAACAGCCUGGAGACCAUCUUCGAGGGCGUCUUUCUGAACACACCGCCACGGGAAAAACCAAACAACAGCCCCGGCUCCAACCUCUGCAGCUCUCGCUUCACUCCCAAACGCGUGCGGGUCAAUCUCAUGGAGCUGGUGGCCAUCGGCAAUCGCAUACACACCACCGGCAAGGAGAACCAGUCACCGGGAGCCGCAGUCACUGCCAAGCUGCCAUCGCCAGCGACGUCUCCGCGCAAAGCGGCGUCACCUAGCCACCGCUAGACCCAACCAAAGCCCUAGGAGCACUCCGUAGACUAAGUAACGAUCGAAUACGAUGCCCAGGCAUCCUUCGCUUUGUGUACACACUGCAUGUGUAUCUGAAUAUAAUGAACUGAAUUUA